CUUUGUCGGCCAUUUUAGCUUCACGGAAUGAUCUCUGGUUUCUCUUCUUCCUUUAAAUAAUCCAUUUUCCUUUUUUGGGUUUGGUUUAAUCGCUAAUUUGGGGGUUUGUUAUCAAUGUGUUCUUGAAUGUAAUAUCGCCAAGUGUUCGAUUUCCGCCGCAAAGUGAUAGAGAUUGUGAUGAUUUUGUUGUUGUUCUUCUUCUUUCUGCCGAAUUAUUGACUGCAAAUGCUCUGAAAUUCAUCUUCGAUCUGCCCCUUUUUCUUGUUCCAUUUCGUUUUCUUCGAUUUAUGAGCUUCAUGGUUUUGAGCUUCUCGUUGGAAGAAGACAUGGCGGAAUAGUUAUGGCUAUCAGGCAAGAUGUUUGAUAAAAUGUCUGCAAAUGUAAAGCCAAGGGGAGGCUUCUUAGUCAAUUUUGUUGGAUUUUGGUUCAGUACCAAUCUUUUGUUCUGUACUUCACAAGGGUUAAACUUAGAGGGGCUGUCCCUUUUAGAGCUGAAAAGGACACUUACGGAUGAGUUUGGUAGUUUAAAGAACUGGAACCCUGCGGACCGGACACCGUGCGGUUGGAUCGGUGUGCAAUGCACUUCUGGUGAAGCUCCGGUUGUAUGGUCGCUCGACUUGAAGUCGAAGAAGCUCUCUGGAUCCGUGAACCCCGUUAUCGGUAACUUGAUUCAUUUAACUUAUCUUGAUCUAUCUUUCAAUGAGUUCACUGGGAACAUUCCCAAAGAAAUUGGAAACUGUUCAUAUCUUGAAUAUCUUUUUCUUAACAACAACAUGUUUGAGGGGAGAAUCCCAGCUGAGUUAGGGAAUCUAUCUGUCUUGAGGAGUUUGAAUAUCUGUAACAAUGUACUAAGUGGUUCAAUCCCGGAGGAGAUCGGGAAGUUAUCGUCGUUAGUCAAGUUUGUGGCGUAUACGAACCAGCUAACUGGAUCGUUGCCUCGUUCUAUUGGGAAUCUUACGAAACUUAAGAGGUUUAGAGCUGGACAGAAUGGUAUCUCUGGAAGUAUACCUUCUGAGAUAAGUGGAUGCCGAAGUCUUAAUGUGCUUGGUCUUGCUCAAAACGAGAUAGGAGGGGAGCUACCAAGGGAGCUCGGGAUGCUUCGUAACUUAACCGAGAUGGUUCUAUGGGGUAACCAGUUUUCUGGUAGCAUUCCGGAGGAGCUUGGGAAGUGUAGGAGUCUCGAGGUCGUGGCGUUGUAUGCUAAUAAUCUGGUUGGCUCCAUACCAAAGGCAUUGGGGAAUCUCAGCUCUCUUAAGAGGCUGUAUCUCUACAGAAAUGGCCUUAAUGGGACGAUUCCAAAGGAAAUUGGUAAUCUUUCUUUGGUGGAAGAGAUUGAUUUCUCAGAGAACUCCUUAACUGGUGGCAUUCCCUUUGAGUUAAGUAAGAUCAAGGGCCUGCGCUUGCUGUUCCUCUUCAAGAAUCUGCUGACUGGUGUAAUACCUGAUGAGCUUAGUACGUUGAAGAACUUGACACGGCUCGACCUAUCGAUAAACGAUCUUAGAGGACGUAUACCGUUUGGUUUUCAAUAUUUGACUAAGAUGGUACAACUGCAGCUGUUUGAUAACUCCCUCAGUGGUAGCAUUCCUUCACAGCUCGGACGUUAUAGCCGACUUUGGGUGGUCGAUUUUUCAGUAAACAACCUAACAGGGACGAUACCGUCUUACCUUUGUCGACAUUCGAACCUGAGUAUAUUGAACUUGGAGUCCAACAAGCUAUAUGGAAACAUCUCUUCUGGGAUUCUGAAUUGCAGAUCUCUAGUGCAGCUUCGUGUCGGUGGGAACAUGCUUACCGGGGCGUUUCCAUCCGAGCUUUGCAGCUUGGAGAACCUUUCAGCUAUUGAACUUGGCGAAAAUAGAUUCCAUGGUCGGAUUCCUUUGGAUAUUGGAAGAUGUAAGAAGUUGCAAAGGCUUGAAAUUGCAAACAAUUUGUUCACAUCUAAGCUGCCAAAGGAAAUUGGAAAGCUCACUCAAUUGGUGACUUUGAAUGUUUCAUCAAAUCGACUUGAUGGCGAGUUACCGGUUGAAUUGUUCAAGUGCAAGAUGCUUCAACGAGUCGAUCUGAGCCACAACGCGUUUACGGGGUCGUUACCGAAUGAGAUCGGAUCACUUACUCAGCUGGAGCUACUGAUCCUGUCGGGAAACAAGUUGUCAGGGAACAUACCUGCAGGAGUUGGAAAGAUGUCCCGAAUGACAGAGUUGAAGAUUGGUGGAAACAUGUUUUUUGGUGAAAUUCCAAAGGAGUUGGGGUCACUUUUAGGCUUGCAAAUUGCAAUGGAUCUUAGUUAUAAUAAGCUAUCAGGGAGAAUACCACCAGAACUGGGAAGACUAUAUCUUCUAGAAAUUCUGCUGCUGAAUAACAAUGAUUUGAGUGGACAAAUUCCUAGAGAGUUCGAGAACCUAUCUAGUUUAUCGGUCUGCAACUUCUCAUACAACGACCUUACGGGGCCGAUACCGUUGACACCGUUGUUUCAGAACAUGGACGUCGAUAGCUUUCGAGGUAACGACGGACUUUGCGGCGGAGCUCUUGGUGAUUGCAAUGGGGAUUCUUAUUUUGAGAGUGAAAAUACAUCAAGAGGUAAAAUCAUCACAGGAAUUGCUUGUGCUGUUGGUGGGGUUUCUCUCAUUUUAAUUAUGAUUAUUUUGCAUCAAAUGAGAUGUCGAGAUGAGGCCGAGAUACCGUGCUCGGACUCGGACUUGGACUCGGGUUUUUACUUACCUCCCAAGGAGGGAUUUAGCUUCCAUGAUCUGGUUGAAGUCACAAAUAACUUCCAUGACAGUUAUAUUAUUGGAAAGGGUGCUUGUGGGACAGUUUAUAAAGCCAUGGUUCAUACUGGACAGAUCAUUGCUGUUAAGAAGCUGGCAUCAAAUAGGGAAGGGAGCGACGUCGAAAACAGUUUCCAGGCCGAAAUUUUGACGCUCGGAACGAUAAGGCAUCGAAAUAUUGUUAAGCUGUAUGGAUACUGCUACCACCAGGGUUUCAAUCUGCUUCUUUAUGAAUACAUGGCAAAGGGUAGUUUAGGUGAAGUAAUUCACGGGUCGUCUUGUUGCUUGGAUUGGCCAACUCGGUUCACGAUUGCGAUCGGAGCUGCAGAAGGUCUUGCGUACUUGCAUCAUGACUGCAAACCAAUGAUAGUUCACCGUGAUAUCAAGUCGAAUAAUAUUCUCCUCGACGAUCACUUUGAAGCUCAUGUUGGUGAUUUCGGUCUUGCGAAAGUUAUCGACAUGCCUCAUUCUAAAUCAAUGUCAGUCGUUGCAGGCUCGUAUGGAUACAUCGCUCCUGAAUAUGCAUACACUAUGAAGGUUACCGAAAAAUGCGACAUUUAUAGUUUUGGCGUCGUUCUACUCGAGUUGUUAACGGGAAAAACUCCCGUUCAACCAUUAGAUCAGGGAGGUGAUCUUGUAACAUGGGUAAAAAAUUUUAUCCGUAACCAUUCAUUCACAUCGAGAAUAUUUGAUUCUCGGUUGAACCUUCAAGACCGAAGUAUCGUCGAACACAUGAUGACCGUACUUAAAAUCGCUCUUAUGUGCACGAGUAUGUCUCCUUUUGACCGACCAUCGAUGCGGGACGUUGUAUCGAUGCUUAUAGAGUCUAACGAGCAAGAAGUGAAUUUCGUUCCAUCUCCGAAUUCCGAUAUUCCCCUCAAAGAUAACACAGUAUGACAGUAUAUCCAUUCUUGGAAGCUCCAUCAGAUGGCUAAAGAUUGCUAGUUGCUGAUUGUUCCUCCUGAUUUUAUUUUUAACAGGAAAUUGAUUGGUUUCAUUUCAUAGUAAUUCUGUAUUUUUGUUAAAGAAACUAUUACAAUUUUUCAUGUAUAGUUGGUAAUACCAUUGUUUUGUAUGUAAAACAUCAGUCUUAGCAAUAAAAGUCUAAGCU